AUGUCAAUCUCUCUGUUCAGCGUAUUUGCCUCUGUUGCCGCCGGCUCUGUGGCCUGUCCGCUAAGCGACGACCCGUCUCUUGGUCUGGCUUCCAACAGAUAUGUCUUGAUCGGGACCAGCCGCCUCCUUGCCUCCUCGGCCACAUCUGCAGUUCUAUUUGUGCUGCAAAAAUUGACGAGAAGCCAUGGCGAUACUUUUAGACGUAUGCUAAGAUUGGCGGCUUAG